CGGGUCGCGGUGGUGGUCACCGUGUCGCCACAGUCGCGAGCCGCGCUGGCGGCCUACUUUGGUCUGAGUCCCGCCACCUGCCUCGCCCGGCUAGCCGGGUGGUUCAAGUGGCUGGGGGUGCGGGCGGUGUGGGACCUGGGUACGGCACGCGACUGCGUGCUACUGGAGGAGGCAGCGGAGUUCGUGGAGAGGUACCGGGCAACUCAGGCGGGAGGCGCUGGUAGCAGCGGCGAUGCUGCUGGUUCUGCUGCGGGUGCUGCUGCCUCCGGGCCGCUACCUGUGAUGGCGUCAUCGUGCCCCGGAUGGGUCUGCUACGCGGAAAAGACCCACGGGUCGCGUGUGCUACCGCACCUCUCAUCCACUCGCAGCCCUCAGGGCGCCAUGGGCGGCCUAGUCAAGUCGUUGGUAGCAAACGCCUGGGGAGUGACCCCUGGGUCACUAUACCAUGUAACCGUCAUGCCGUGCUACGAUAAAAAGCUCGAGGCAUCCCGAGACGAGCUCACGACAACGGUCACGACGGUUGGUGCCGUUGGCUCGUCGGUUGGUGCGGCAACGGACGACGACAGCAUGGUGGUUGAUGGUGGCGACGGCCAACAAGGCGCCGCGAAGAUCCCAGAGGUGGACUGCUGCCUCACCACCGGGGAGGUCCUGCAGCUGUUGCAGCAGCGCCCGCCGCCGUGCUGCGACACCCAGGCAGCCACCGACACCAGCAGCAGCAACAACAGCAUCAUCGGCGCUAGCGGCAGUAGCAGUAGCAGCACCAACGGUACCGGAGCUCUGCUUCUAGCGCACCCAGCCGCUCCCGCAGCGGCGCCUGACCCGCUGCUGCCGGGGCUGGGCCCCGAUGCGCAGCUGUACGGGUUGCAGUACGGCAGCAGCAGCGGCGGUUACGCGGAUUUCGUGUUCCGAGUGGCGGCGAGGGAGCUGUGCGGGUUGGAGGUGCCGCCGGGUGCCCUGCCCUGGAGGACGUUGCGGAAUGCGGACUUCCAGGAGCUGUCGCUGGACUUGACAACAGGGGCAUCGUCAUCGUCAUCGUUAUCAUCUGCAGCCAACAGCUCCACCAGCGGCCAAGCGACCCAGGGGUCACUGCGCUUCGCACGGGUGUACGGCUUCCGGAACAUACAGACGCUUCUGCGACAGAUCAAGAUGGGCCGCUGCAGCUACCACUACGUGGAGGUGAUGGCAUGCCCCAGCGGCUGCCUCAAUGGCGGCGGGCAGGUCAAGCCGGGUCCAGGGGUCACUCCGCAGCAGCUGAUCGAGCAGCUGGAGGCGGUGUAUGCACACUCGGAUGUGGCAGCCCGCAGCCCCGCCGACAACCCGGCGGUGGUGGCGCUGUACGGCAACUGGCUGGGCGGCCGACCCGGGUCGCCGGCAGCUCGGCAGCUGCUGCACACCACAUUCCGGGAGCGGGAGAAGACCGUGACAGCAGCCACCGUCGCCAACUGGUGACAUGUGCGUUCGAGAACCGUGCGGGCGGAGUUGUGUACGGCAAUCCUUGGAACUAUUGCGGAAAUGGGUGUCGGUGGCGAGUCACAGAUAUGUAUGUGUCGGGGUCUUAGUCGAGCUUGGCAAACACCUGGGAGGAGUUAUACCGGUAUACCUAUCGUGUAAACGCGCU